GCAGAGCUGGUGGUGGAUGUUUCAUAGUGCUGUGGAUCAGGGAGGUCAAUCCUGCUCUGCCUGAGGGACAUCAAGUGGCUCCAAGGUUCCCCUGCUGGAAGGGAGAGCAGCAGCAUUUCUGCUGCAGAAGACAGACUGAUGUUCAUUUGGCCAGGCUGGACUUGGUGGAUUUCACACCCAGGGACCAUAGCCAACCUAGUGAUGUCAGGUGGAAGCUGCAAGAGGAAAGGAGAGCAGCAAGGAAAAAAUGAGGCUAAAAAGUCACUCCACACGGAGCCAACAUGAGCGCCCUGGACCUCACUUCCAUCCUGGAUUUCCUGGAAACGGCCAACUUGACAGAGAUCAACUGGACAUGCAACAGCAGCGACUGCAUCACGGUGGAUGCCACCACCUGCCCGGGCACUCUCCACAAGAGUGCCCUGCUCUACACCCUCUCCUUCUUCUACAUCUUCAUCUUUGUCACUGGGUUGGUGGCCAACUCAGUGGUGGUGUGGGUCAACCUCCAAGCCAAGAUGACGGGCUACGAAACCCACCUCUACAUCUUCAACUUGGCCAUUGCCGACCUCUGCGUGGUCAUCACCCUCCCAGUGUGGGUCGUCUCUCUGGUCCAGCACAACCAGUGGCACAUGGGGGAGGUCACCUGCAAGAUAACUCACCUGGUGUUCUCCAUCAACUUGUACAGCAGCAUCUUCUUCCUGGCUUGCAUGAGCGUGGACCGCUACCUCUCCGUGGUCUAUUUCACCAGCUCCAGUGACCCCAAGAAGAAGAUCACCCGCCGUUGCAUCUGCAUCUUGGUGUGGCUUCUGGCCUUCUUCGCCUCCCUCCCGGACACCUACUACCUCAAGACAGUCUCUGCCAACAACGAGACCUACUGUCGUCCUGUCUACCCAGAGGAGAGCUUCAAGGAAUGGUUGAUUGGCAUGGAGCUCAUCUCCGUGGUGCUGGGCUUUCUCAUCCCUUUCCCCAUCAUUGCUGUCUUCUACUUCCUCCUGGCCAAGACCAUUUCCACCUCCAGCGACCAAGAGAGGAAGAGCAAUGGGAAGAUCAUCUCCUCCUAUGUGGUGGUCUUCCUGGUCUGCUGGCUGCCCUACCACCUGGUCGUCCUCCUGGACAUCUUCUACAGCCUUCACUUCAUCCCUUUCAGCUGCCAGAUGGAGAACUUCCUCUAUGCCACCCUCCACACCACCCAGUGCUUCUCCUUGCUCCACUGCUGCGUCAACCCUGUCCUCUACAGCUUCAUCCACCGCAACUACCGCUACGAGCUGAUGAAAGCCUUCAUCUUCAAGUACUCGGCCAAAACUGGCCUGACCAAGCUCAUUGAUACCUCCAGGGGCUCAGAAGCAGAGUACUCAGCUCUGGAGCAGAAUGCCAAGUGACUGCAGAAACCCCCCUGAGAUGCCUCCUGCCCUUGGCUUUUUGUGUGUGGUGUUGUGCUUCAGUCGGGUGGUGUCUUCUCUGGACUUCUCUAUGGAAAAGACCUCCCAGCAGACAAAGCCAUUGUGUCCCACAGCCACUUCCAGGAGAAGCUUUCCCUUCCACCUGUAGACCCCCUGAUGCUCCUCAUAAAAUAUAUAUAUUUGUGUUGUAUUUAAAAGACUUUCCUGCCCCUCCAUGUACCUUGAACAACUGUAUUUGGAAACUCUCAACCUAUUUUUGUCCUCUCUUGGACGUUUGAGUGUCUCCAGAAUGUUGAGAUGUUCCUUCAGCCCUCCCUAGGGAUGAACAGGAUGGAAAUGGGUUCAUCCUGCUUGUGUCCAGAGCAUGAAACGUUCUGGAAUGUGGGAAUUUGCAGGAUGUUCAGAGCUGUUGCUCCCGGGGUAGAUGAGUUUCCUUCUAGGACUUGUCUCUAUUUGUAAGUUAUUUUUGUAAAAUAAAGCUCUGGGGAAACCAAA